CCGCAGUGCUUUCAGCUCACUCCCAGUCUACCCGCUCGGUUCAAUGAGGCUCAAAGCCAGCAUUGAGCCGCUGGCCGGCUGUGUCUUCUUUCUGUUUCUUGGAGCUGCCCUGUCUACAGAAGGAGAGAGGAAGCUAUUUGCCAAACUCUUCGCUAAUUACAGUCGGUACAUCAGGCCGGUGGAGAACGUGUCCAGGCCGGCGGUGGUGCAGUUCGAGGUCUCUCUGUCCCAGCUGAUCAAAGUGGACGAGAUCAAUCAGAUCAUGGAGACCAAUCUGUGGCUGAAACAUAUAUGGAGUGAUUAUAAGCUAAAGUGGGAUCCUGCUGAAUAUGGAGGUGUCAAGUCUAUUCGCAUUCCUUCUGAAAAAAUCUGGAAACCAGACAUUGUCUUGUACAACAAUGCAGUUGCUGAUUUCCAAGUGGAUGAAAAGACCAAAGUGUUGGUAAAGUUCGAUGGGACCGUGACCUGGAUACCACCGGCCAUAUUCAAGAGCUCCUGCAGGAUGGACGUGACUUACUUCCCCUUUGACUACCAGAACUGCAGCAUGAAGUUCGGCUCCUGGACCCACGACCAAGCCAAAAUCGACUUGGCUUUAAUCGGCAACGAGAUCAACAGGAAGGACUUCUGGGAAAGCGGUGAAUGGGAGAUCAUCGCUGCGCCAGGGUUCAAACAUGCCAUCAAGUACAAUUGCUGUGAAGAAAUCUAUCCAGACAUAACCUACUCAAUUUACAUAAGACGAAUGCCACUCUUCUACACCAUCAACAUCAUCAUCCCUUGCCUGAUGAUUUCUUUUCUGACUAUUUUGGUUUUCUACCUGCCUUCUGACUGUGGAGAAAAGGUAACUUUGAGUAUUUCAGUACUGCUGUCCCUUACUGUGUUUCUUCUGGUCAUCACUGAGAGCAUACCAUCCACCUCCCUGGUGAUUCCUCUUAUUGGAGAAUAUCUGCUCUUCACCAUGAUCUUUGUGAUUCUAUCCAUUGUUAUAACCGUCUUUGUGCUGAACAUCCAUUACAGAACCCCCAUGACCCAUACCAUGCCAGUCUGGGUGAAAACCAUCUUCUUAAAGCUGCUGCCACGGGUUAUGUUUAUGAAGAGACCGACGGCUAGUUCUGAGGUUCAAAAGAACCCCAGGUUCUUCAACAGCAACACUGAGCUCACCAGCAUCAACAGCUUCAGCAGAGGCUCUAAAUCCAAAUGCCCAGGGGAUGGAUUCUGCUACCAGGACCCACAGUGCACUCACUGCAGGUUCUGCAAGAUGAAGAAUCAGGAUGUAGGCAUCAACUCAACACAGAGUUCCAGCACAGAGUCCCUAGAUGCCCUGCUCGCAAUCUCCUCCCUGUCUCCUGAGGUUCAAGAAGCAAUCGGGAGUAUCACCUACAUUGCAGAAAACAUGAAGUUGCAGAAUGAGUCUAAAGAGAUACAAGAUGAUUGGAAGUAUGUUGCCAUGGUAAUUGAUCGGAUCUUCCUCUGGAUCUUCAUCCUGAUUGGCAUCUUGGGAACAGCCACCUCUUUCCUACAGCCCCUAAUGAAUGUAAAGGAGUUGUGAAUGUCAGGAGAUGGGUAACUUGUUGUAAAUACAGGGGAGUCCUCGAUUAUUGUGUGAGCAUUGUGCAUUGAGGGAGAGCUGGCUUAUACAACAGAUCUAGAAAGAAAUUACAGCUAUUAGAGAACAUCUUUUUCUGUACCUUAGAGAUACUUGCUAUGGUGUACAUUCAUGUUUUUUUAAAAAUUAGUAUUAGCAAAAUUUAGUUACAGAGCUUUCAUGUCAUAAAUGUGAUGUCAAAUCUGUCCAACCAGAAUCUCGGAAGCUAAUUUUGACAACUGCAAUAACUGGCUAGUACAGCUCAAAGACUGCAACAUUCAAGUUGUAAAAAAGGAUAUUUCCUACAACUUUUAGAUCUUGCACGCUGUCUUUCAGCCAAGAGGCAGUUGGCACUUAUCAAGUGAUUAGAAGUUCAAGACAUGGGUAUUUCAUUAUCAGCCAUUACAAACCUGAACCCACCAAACAAUAACUUUCAGUUCCGACUUUGAUGCUGUGCUCAGACAACUGACUUGUUUUUUGUUCACAGGAUGAGGGUGUCACAAACUAGCAUUUAUUGUCCAUUCCUAAUUGCCCAGAGGGCAGUUAAGAAUCAACCACAUUGCUGUGGCUUUGGAGGCAGUUGGCAGUUUCCCAAGGACAUUAGUGAACCUGAUCAGCUUUUCUGACAAUGUACAAUGGAUUCACAGUCACUAGACUUUUAAUUCCAGACUUUUAUUGAAUUAAGAUUUCACCAUAUACUGUGGCAGGAUUCCAGAAUGUCCCCAGAACAUUAGCUGGGUCUCUGGAUUAAUAGUCCACUAGGCUGUUCUUCCCCUUAUUACAGUCAUAGAGAUGUACAGCAUGGAAACCGACCCUUCGAUGCAUCACAUCCAUGUCAUACUAGAUAUCCUAAAUUAAUCCAGUCCCAUUUUCCAGUAUUUGGCCCAUAUCCCUCCAAACCCUUCCUAUUCAUAUACCCCUCCGGAUGCCUCUUAAAAUAUUGUAUUGUACCAGCCUCCACCACUUCCUCUGGAGGAUAUUCCGUACAUGCAACCUCUGCGUGAAAGAGUUGCCCCUUUGAUCCCUUUUAAAUAUUUCCCCUCUCACUUUAAAUGUAUGCCUUCUAGCUUUGGACUUCCCUACCCCUGGGGAAAAAGACCUUGGCUAUUCACCCUAUUUAUGCCCCUCAAGCUUUUAUAAACUCUAUAAAAGGUCACCCCUCAGCCUACUGAGCCUCUCCCUAUAGCUGAAACCCUUCAAACUUUGGUACAUCCUUUAGAUAUUUUCUGAACCCUUUCAAGUUUCACAAGAUCUUUUCUAUAGCAGGGAGACCAGAAUUGAACACAGUAUUCCAAAUUAAAAAAAGUGGCCUAGCCAAUGUCCUGUACAGCCGCAACAAGCCCUCCUAACUCCUAUACUCAAUGCACUGACUAAUAAAGACAAGUAUACCAAAAACCUCCUUCACUACCCUGUCUUUGUGACUCCACUUUCAAGGAACUACAAACCUGCAAUCCAAAGUCUCUCUGCUCAGCAACACUCCCUGGGACUUCACCAUUAGAUGAUGAAGUGCUGCCCUGAUUUGCCUAACCAAAAUGCAACAAUUCUCACUCCCCAGCCCAUCGGAUCAAGGGCCCAUCGUACUCUGAUGUAACCUCCUUUGCUGCCAUCAUCAUCGGCAAACUUACUAACCAUACCUCCUCUGUUCACAUCCAAAUGAUUUACAUGAAUGACAAAAAGCAGUCGACCCAGCACUGAUUAAUGUGGUACACUGCUGGUCUCAGGUAUCCAGUCCGAAACCAACCCUCCAUCACUCUGUCUCCUACUUUUGAGCCAGUUCUGUAUCCAAAUGGCUAGUUGGUCUUAUAUUCCAUGUGAUCUAACCUUGCUAACACGCAGAUCCUUGUCGGACACCUUACCGAAGGUCAUGUAGACAAUGUGCACCAUUCUGCCUACAUUAAUCCUUUUCGUCACUUCAAAAAACUCAGUCAAGUUAGUAAGACAUGAUUUCCAACACACAGUCGUGUUGAUUAUCCUUCAAUCAGUCCUUGCCUUUCCAAAUAAAUGUAAAUCCUGUCCCUCAGAAUACCCUCCAAAACUUACCCACCACUGAUGGUUGUUGCUGGAUCAUAAGCAAACCAGUUAGAUUGGCAAAGCCAGCCUGAGUACCUGAUAUCUACUACAGGGAUCAAACAUACAAAUUCCAUCCAGCCUGUCCCACUCACUCCACCAGAAGGUCAUAUUAUCCUGUGGGGAACAUGAGAAACAGAUAAAAUCUGUGCCACGCAAACGAGUUGAACAUUUCUGACUGGUGAAUUCCUCCUCAGUGAAUCGUAGAAUCCCCACAGGGUGAAAGCAGGCCAUUUGGCCCAUCGAGUCACACCAUCCCUUCAAAAAGCAUCCCAACCCACAUCCAACCUCCUACUCUAUGCCUGUAACACUGCAUUGCUCAUGGCUAAUCCACUCAACCUACACAUCCCUAGACACCAUGGGGCAACUUAACUUGGCCAAUCCACCGAACAUGCACAUCUUUGGACUGUGGGAGGAAAUCCACACAGAUGGUGUUUGCCAAGGGUGGAAUCGAACCAGAGUGUUUCCUGGCGCUGUGAGGCAGCAGUACAAACCACUGAGGCACCCUGCUGCCCCUCUAUCAUCAGAUAACCCCUGGAUUAAUAGCACACAGUAUAUUUUGUAUGCAGUGAUCACCAUUAUAGUCAGACAUUUCCAACUAGCAGGUUCGUGUAUGGAGGUCAGCUGAGAUCGGAAUUCUGCUAGUGUAUGAAAUCAAUCUGAUGAAUCAACCAUGUCUAAGUUCACUGGAAAAGAAUAGACUUUUAGACUUAGUAUGUCUGAAAAUGUGCUGAGAAACUGGCAAGUCAGCACGAAGAGAAUCACUAAAGGGAGCAAGGUGAAGAGACAACUACAUUCAAUAAUCCUGAGAAGGGAAAGUGAGAGAGCUGGUGCCAAUGUACUGAUGACUGAACUUGCUGUAUGACAAAUAUUUUCUUCUACCUUCCAUUUCAAUAAAGGCAUUAACCCAUAGGCAGGCCAAAGGGAUUUUGUACAAGACUGCAAGCAUAUUUGUUCAUUAA